GCGUUUGCUCCCGCUAGGCUUUCGGAGGCUGCAUGCGGUAGAGCCAUGGCUGCCGCCUUGCCAGGGGUCACGUUGCCGGCCGUCGUGGAGGAACUCCUGAACGAGAUGGCCGCGGCGGUGCGGGAGAGCGCGCGAGUUCCUGAUGAGCAUCUAUUAUCGCUGAAGUUUGUGUUUGGCUCAUCAGCCCUCCAGGCUUUGGACCUCGUUGACCGACAGUCCAUCACUUUGGUCUCAUCGCCCAGUGGGAGGCAUGUUUACCAGGUACUUGGGAGUUCUGGUAGAACGUACUUGUGCUUGGCGUCCUGCCAUUACUGCUCCUGUCCCGCCUUUGCCUUCUCAGUGCUGCGGAAGAGCGACAGCCUGCUGUGCAAGCACCUCUUGGCAGUUUAUCUCAGUGAGGUUAUGGGGACCUGUCAGCAGCUCAGCGUCUCGGACAAGCAAUUGACUGACAUAUUGAUGGAGAAAAAACAAGAAGCAUAAAAGGAACAUUGCAGAAGCAGUUGAAGCUGUGAAGAAACAGAAGAAAAAGGCGAUUUUACAGCCCAGGAAACCCCCAGCCCUGGGCCCUGGAAACAAGGGGUGCCAGUGAAUGAAUGCUGUGUGAGGCGGCCACAGAGGGUGCAGUGUCGUGUGAUUGGCAGAGCCUUUUGUUAUGGUGAGGUGUGGCAAAUACAAGCUAUCAAGACUUCUGCUACUUGGGAAACUUGCACUGGAUAAAGAAUAGAAGGUACCUACAGCCCUGGCUAGUGUGGCUCAGAGGGGUGAACGCUGGCCUGUGAACCAAAAGGUUGCCAGUUCAAUUCCCAGUCAGGGCACAUGCCUGGGUUGAGGGCCAGGUCCCCAGUAGGGGGUGCGCAAGAGGCAACCACACAUUGAUGUUUCUCUCCCCCCAAAUCGAUGUUUCCCUUUUUGGCUCCCUCCCUUCCCUCUCUGACAGUAAGUAAAUAAGUAAAUAAA